UGUAUCGUAAUUCAGUGUAAUGUUUGUUUUGUAGGACGGCUGGACGCCAUUAAUGCUCGCUGUGGACUGGGGAGCACCAGAUGAUGUGUUGGAGAAUAUGAUUGAAACGGCAACAGUUAAGUGUUUAGAACAUGAGAGGCGUCAUUUUUGUUUCACUAUUCUCCAUUACUUGGCGAUCCACGCACGCGUGUCAGCAAUGAGACGCGUGUUGGAAAAAACCAACAAGAAGAUUAACACGCAAGACUACGCUAGACGCACACCACUACAUUGUUGUCUACGGAAUAAGGAGCUGACGCACGAGCAACACAAGGAAGUCGCAAUUCUCAAUAUCACCUUUGGCGCGUCGGUGACAAUAAAAGAUGUGUUGGGAAAGACGCCUCUUGAUUUGUAUGAUAGAAACGAAUGUCAUGUAUACGAAGAAACCACGAGAAGUGAAAAGAAACAAUAUUUAAAAGAAUUACUUGAAAAACUAUCAACUCCAUCAGAGAUUUUAGCCAGGGGUCCCGAUGCCGUCAAAGCAUUCAAAGAUGCACUUAAAAACGGUGAAAUAACAGUUGUUAAUUCAAGACUGAUGUUUCUUGGUCAAGAGGGUUCCGGGAAAACCUCUUGUGUUAAAGCCAUGCUGGGAAAAGUAUUUAAUAAGGAAGAGCCGUCAACCGAUGGUAUUGUUACAACAAUUGUCUUUCAAACUGAUGGAGAUUACAGCAAAUGGGAGGAACAGAAGGAUGUGGACG